CCGAGGCUUGUCAGAAUCACUUCAGUUCCCAAAGCGAGCGCAUCUAUAGCUCUUCGGUUUUCCCUGAAAUAUAUUUUUUAAACAAAUGGCAACUGCAACCAGCUGCAGUGGACUCCAUCUGGAGGCCAUCGAUCGCAUUACCUCCAUUCCACUUGUGGAGUCCAGCGUGAAGCGAGUGGAGACCAUCUACGACAAGGUCAAGAACAACAAUCGCCUAUUCUCCUGGUACUUCGAGACCGCCGAGGCCACCAUCACUGCUGCUUAUGAAACGGUACAGCCGGCUGUGAAGCUGUUCGAGCCUUCGCUCCGCCGCCUGGACAAUGUUAUGUGCAAGAGCCUGGACAUCCUGGAGCAGCGCAUCCCCUUGGUCUAUCUGCCCCCCGAAAUGAUGUAUUGGAACACAAAGGAGUACAUGUCGGAUCACCUGGUGCGUCCCGUGCUGAAGCGUGCUGACUCGGUCAAGCUGAUUCGAAACGCUGUCCUGGAGAGCCCACUGACAACCUAUGCCGCCGAUCGCAUCGACGGAGCAUUCACUGCCGGAGAUAAGUUCGUGGACAAGUAUCUGGUGCCCAUUCGUACAGAUCAGGAUCAGACUGAUGCGCCACAGGAAGAUGAUAACGAAGCGGUGCCGGAUGAGCGAGGUGCUCUCAAGGCUAUCCAUCACGGUCAACGCUUCUCCCGCAAGCUGAAGCGUCGUCUCACACAAAGAACCAUUGCCGAGGCCCGCGCCCUCAAGAAGCAAAGCAAGGAGGCGAUCCAUGUGCUCAUCUAUGCCGCCGAACUGAUUGCCACAGAUCCCAAGCAAGCCUUGCAGAAAGCCAAGGAGCUUUGGGCCUAUCUCAGUGCAGAUGAACCCGAGAACCAGGCGAGACCCGCCACCCUGGAACAGCUAAUAGUCCUACUUACCAGGGAAUCAGCUAGAAGAGUAGUGCAUCUGGUGAACUUCAGUGCCAAUGUAGCAGCCAAUAUUCCCAGAAAUCUGGCUCACACAUCCACCGAGGUGGCUCACCACAUCAUUUACAUCAACCACCGCAUAGUUACAAUUUCUAAGCUGGACAAGGUUAAGAACCUAUCCAAGGAGGAAGCCGAAUCUCUCUUGAAGCGUAUGCUGGCCUUUUACGGCAAUCUGCAGGGCAUGACCAACAGUUACCUGGAACGCGUGGCCAGCUUUCUCUCCGGACGCAUUGAAGCCGAAAAGGUGACCGGCAGUGACAGCGCCAAUUCGAACCACAGAUCCUCGCGGAGGCGGCAGGAGGCGAAUCAUUACUCAGCCGCCCACAAUAAUAUCAACGGCGUCUACUAGCUUUGAGUUUUUUAUUGCCAUCGUAUUCUUAUUUCUUAUGAUAGAAUUUUAUUUUUCGGUCCACAUUCGCACCAUUUAGUGAGAAAGUUUUUUUUAUUAUAUUUUAAAUUAAAAAAAAAAUGAAAACCACAACAAAAAGCCCAUAACAAAAUAUACUUUAGA